UUUCUCGUGAGAAUUUAGGACAGCUGUAAAAAAAGAAGAGGCUGAUUUUCGAACGAGUGGCGAUGGAGAUGAAAAACAACGCCUAAAUACUUGCGUUUUAUAAGUGAUGUUUCAAUAAAAAAAAAGUCAUACUCAGAUGUCCAGUUAUGGAAGGAGAGAUUGGAACCAAUACAUUAACAAGUUAUAAAAGCAUUCUCUCUCCUACAACGUCAAAAUCGAAGUUAAAACUUCCGGGUAGACGGGUUAAUUUUCCUCAGGAUGAAAAGCUAAUCUCGAACACAUUGGAUCCGCCUGAUCCGUGGCAAAAUGUUCAAUCACCUACCAAAGAGGAAUUACUUUCAAACUACCAGUCAGCUUGUGCUAGGCUCAAGAUCAAACCAAGUGCAAAGAUGCUAAAUCUAAUACAGAAUACAACAGAUUUCAAGUCUCGGAUAGAGACAUUACAAUUGAAAGGUGAAAAGAUGGACAUGAGAACGAUAGAAGCAAUGGAAUCCAUAUUGAGUCGAAUCCAGUUCCAAACUAUAGAUUUGGAAUUGUGUAACCUGGAUGAUGAGUCAUCAGCUGCACUUUUUGAUAUGGUGGAAUUUUACGAAUCGGCAAUAAAACUCGUCGUUGCAAGCAAUCGUAAUAUUGGGAUAAGAGGUUGGCAGGCAGCAGGCCGUAUGAUGAAGAAGACUUCUUGUUUGGAACAUCUGGAUGUGAGGAACACAGUUUGGUCAGAGCCUAGUAUCCAAGCACUUGCACGAGCUGUCAGAAAUGACAUAUCAGUCAACAUUAUUCAUAUAGAAAAUUGUAACUUGACAGGGCGCCCUCUAUUUAUUCUAACUUUAGCAUUGAAAUUGAACCAGACAUUACGAGACAUCUUCCUUGCUGAGAAUCGCUUAGUUGCAUCGGAUGCCAUUCAGCUGGGUAGCAUGCUGAAACACAAUAAGGGCCUUAAACUCCUCGAUCUGCGAAACAAUCAUCUUCAGGAUGUUGGCCUGUCUCAUCUCUGUGAUGGUUUAGUGGAUCAAGAAUUUGGACAUCUUUCAACACUGGUUCUUUGGAACAACCAAAUCACUCAUCUUGGAAUGCGUCACCUGGCUAAAGCAUUGCCUCAGCUGACCACACUGGAGACCUUGAACUUAGGACAGAACAAUAUUGGAAACGAAGGUAUUCAUACUGUGAAGGAUGCCCUCAUGAAGAACCACUCGCUAUUACGGUUAGGAUUAUACCAGUGUCGGAUAUCCGAUGAAGGUGCUGUAGCCUUAGCCGAGUGCCUGGCAGAUAACUGUCAGAUGGUGCGACUGGAUGUCCGGCAGAAUGAUAUACGUACUGGAGGAUUGAUGGCGCUUGCACAUGCUCUGCGUGUCAACAAGACGCUGCUACGCUUAGACCUUGAUAGAGAAGUGAAGAAAGAUUCGACUAAGGGAUAUGAUGAAAUUCAGAGAAGUUUACAACAGGAGAUUGCGGUGUAUCUGCAUAGGAAUCGGGAGAGCACAAGACAAGCUGAAGAACAAAGACAAGCAUUGCUAGGGCAGCAAACAAAACCUGAUGAAAAUAUCCCAUCACCCAGUAGUGAGGCCCCUAGAACUGUUUCUAUGGGAACCAACAUUAAUGGACACAUAUCAACAUUUGUGCAAAAUAGAGGAGUCAGUACAAAUUCAUCAGAGCCGUAUGAUGAUAAAGAGUCUGACAUGAUUGAGAGGGAAAUUACUGAUGCAAUAAAUGAUGUUGAUUACGUGGGAAAUACGAAUAGAAAGAAAGAUUCUAAGAAAAUGGCAAUGCAUAGUCGGGAAUGUGGGUCGGAGAAUGUUGGCGACACAUCACAUAUGUCUUCCUUCUACUCCCCUAACAGCAACCAAGAUAGUAAUCCUUUAUUAUCUCAGCUAUCCACUGAGGUUGAGACAAAUCAAUCAAUUAGGCAUCCAGGAAUGGAUCCAUUAGGAGUCAUCCAACAAUCUGUUGUUGGAUCACCUCCAGGGAUACGGAUCACAGGUAACAUCAAACUGUUAACACAGCCAUCAGGCAUCAAGGCACUUAAACGUGGAGAACAGGUAGCAAAGGGUGCUGUAAACUGUCAAAGUGCAGGUGCUUCAUCAGGUAAUCCAGGUGCUACACCAGGUAGUCCAGGUGUUCCACCAGAUAAACCAGGUGCUUCAACAUAUAACCCAGGUGCACCACAAGAUCAACCAGGUAUUUCACCAGACAAACCAUGUGUAACAUCAGGAAAACCAGAGGGAGAACACAGUAAACCAGUUAACUUACUAGCUACCCAGAGUACAACAUCAGGUAACCUGGCUGGUUUACUAGGUGAUUCUCAAACUCGGCUGGAAGCAACAACAGAUCCGCAGAACACAAAAGCAGAGGCUGGUGCCAAAGACAGUACUAUAGAAAGCAGCAAUACACGGUUGGUGGUAGAUAAAACAAGUGCAAUCAAUUUAACACCUAACAUUCCAGGUGGCAGUAUAACUUUGGAUACGCUGCCAAGUUGUACGACACCAUGUGGAGACUUUGUUGAUACAAAUGCAGCCAAUGUUUCAGACAAAUGUAAUGGAAACAGCAGCAGCUCAUUAAAGCCAUCUGCUAAUGAACUGGAGAACUCUAAGAUAUUAACCCCAGGGCUUGGUGCAAUGGAAAUACCAAAGACUUCCCUGGUUGUGCAUGAUGGUGAGCGACUAUCAUCAUCUCCGGAUGAUUUUGAGAAGGAAUUGAGUCAGAUGUUGGCCAAUGCAAGGAGUGGGAUGGACAUCAGUUCCAUUGUUUCAGCAGAUACAGUAUGUGAAGAUGAUCAGUUAUUUAAUGAUUGACCCAAGCAAGUUGUUGAUGCCUGCAACAAGAUCGAACCAGACCCUAUCAUGACUCCAAGAUUGGUAUUUGGAAAUGUAUCAGCACCUGGUAAAUUCAGUCCAGCUGUAGCGUGAAGGGAAUCUUUCAAUCGAGAAUUGUUUUGGUAAUGAUGGAAUAGGAUAAUCACUAUCAUGACAAUUAAUGAUAUUUAUUAUUAUUUUAUAUUAUUAUAGUUUCUUUGGGUAUAGAUAUAUGAAUUUGACAUGGUAUAUUGAGGUAUGUUAGAUGAUGUACUAAUUUGAUCAAUUGUAAGACUGUGGUAAAGUACAUCCAAACUGACCAAUCUGCUUUGUUCAUAAAUUCAAAUUGACCAAAUACGCCAUGUUCAAAGAGACCAAUCAAAUUUCCUCAUUACAAAGAUGAUUUAGUAAAUAGGUCAAUUUUACAGAGUGUGGUAUAGUAUCCCUAAGCUGACUAAUCCACUCAUCAAUUCAAUUGACCAAUGGGGUUUGUUCCACAAUUGAUAAAGACCAGUCAUGACUCAUAUUCUCUCAAUACUCAUUAAUUUGUGAAAAUGCUGACAAUUUGUAACAUUUUCUAAUGUAGUUUCUUAGUCUUAAUGGCUUUUUUAUUGAUUUUAAUAAUGCAAUUAUUCCUAAACGAGAUAUAGGCCUAAUGAAUGAAUGUUAAUUCAUAAAUCCCUAAUUUAUUGAAAUAGAUUCAGAUAUUUUUUUAUCUUUUGAAUUUUUGCAAGGACAUAUAGUAGCAUGUUGUUAUCUGACAAUGAAAAUAUAUAUGAGAAAUAUAUAAGCAAUAGGAAAAGUCGGACAAAUGGACAAUUCAGCAGUAAAUGAUAAACAGCUCCAUGUACCAUGCACAGAGAUAUUGUGGGAGUGUUGCAUGGCUCUGUGAAACUGUUUUCUGUGACGUGUGCUAUCCUUAUACAGAUGCGGGGUACGCUUAAUUUUCCUAGCAUGUGUCCAGUGCAACAAUUUGUCUCUAUCGAGAUAUGAGACAUUGCUGUUUGUGGGGGGGGG